AUGGCACCCAAGCUCAAAGUGAUGAUCGGCUCGGACAGAGAUCAUAUGUCGAUUGCCAAUGUGAAUGGAGCGCCUACGGAGAUCGAUUCGCCGCUCUGGGUUGGCCGGGUGACGGUGAGAGUACGAGACUUUGUUGGCUGGACUCCGGACGGUCGCCAGCCGAUUAGCCAGCAUCCGUAUUUUGACAACCGUUCUCGGAAAUUUGCCAUCAUAAUCGAAGGGCGCUUCAGACAGAGCGACGACAGCAAGCCUUAUAGCGGCGAUGAGAUCCACUUUGGCUCUGAUUUCGAUCGCUUGAUAUCCUUUCCGCGAGCACCUUUCAAUGCCGGCAUGAAGGUUGCGCAAUGGAUAGAUCCAGCCACAUUUUAUGAAGAGUCGCCGCCUUCAGGUCGACCGUUCAUCAUGUCGCCGUACCUUGCGUGCAUGAACACCUUUAGCGCCUGGCCAGCGCCGGCUCGUGCUCAAGAUGCCGUCGUGUGCCUGCGACAUACCCAGCGAGAACCAUCUACUGAGCCAGAUACUCAUCAAGACGAUUUUGUCGCAGCAGAGCAGCAUGACUUGACAGCGAAGCAGCAUUGGGCGCUCAAGAAACCUUACUGGCGGUUUGUGGGAUUCAAGAACGACCCCAAGGUGGCUGCUUUUCUUCACGAACAUCACGCUUCUUUGUCGACUUUCAGACAUGCUGAUCCCGUGCACACCGGCGAACACGACGAGUUGCAUGCUUGCCUUGGCAGCGGCAAGCCCGGAGACUCGGGCACAUCGACCCCUUUGCGCCAUCAAUCAAGCGUGGGAUCCCACCUUUCGAGCAUGAGCAGCAAGUCCUCAGCCUCGCAAACCGAAUCGCCGACCGCUAAAGGAGCAAUACCAGCUCCAGCAAAACAGACCAGCUGGGGCAUGGCUGGUCUCAAAGGAGCAUUGAGAGGCGUCAGCUCGCCACGGCCUCCACUGACGCCCCGCGAUUCGGAUGUCUGGCAGGGCGAGGUAGACACUGCGGACCAUCUGAGAAAUUCUUUGACCGCCUUGGCGGAGGAAUCUUUACCACCGCCUAGCGAACCCUCCAAGCUUGACGCUGAGCUAGGCCCGUUCCGGUUUGCAGACCCAGAACUAGACAUGAUCGAAGACAACAGCUUCAUUUUCAUUAACAAGGCCGUCACCGUUGCGCGACGGCGAAAGUUCUUCAAUGAGGGCCAUGGAAAGAACAGGCUAAAUUUUACGUAUGACCCGGAUGUGGUGUAUGGCGCCUCAUUUUACACACCCGCGUGCGAUCUCAACACAAUGGAUCUCCAUCUGGGGCCCGUCAAGUUGAACAUUGCCUCGUUCUUCAAAGAGAUGCCGAUCCGUUACACGCUUCGCUCCACCCGGAGAAAGCCGUAUACUGCAUCGGACGGCGUCACACGUCAGGAAGAGGAGUGUUUUGCGACAAUCUCCUUUCAGCUUGUGGAUGAUGCUCAAAGCUGA